UAAAAGGUAAAUACGAAGCUCGCAAGAAAGAAAAAAAAAACGCAAAAAACACGAAAAAAUCCCGCUGAACCGAGAUAAAUGCACGAAAACGGCGCAACUGACGGGCCCGUGAAACUAUGUGAAUACGUGCGAAGCGCCAAAGACGCGUGGAAAAAGUGAAAAAAAAACACAAAAAAGUAAUCGUAGCGAUGUCACAUUCACAGUCAUCAUCAUUGUCGAAAAUCAUCCUGCAAAAUUUUCACGUAAUUUUGCUGCUAAUUUGCACGUGUAACGUGCCCUUUGCCAUCACGACGUCGCAAGAUGCCACAAAAUCCGCUUCAACGACAGGAGCUGCUGCUGCGUCGUCGUCGCCUUCUGCGAAAACUUUGAAUGCUGGCGGAGGUCAGGAAAUCUUCGAGAACGAUGUUUUCUCGUCGAUCAUGAAUAAUGCGGCAGAAACGGUGGAUGGCCUGACGACAGAUGCCGACGGCAAUAUCGGAAGCACAAAUUUGGUGUUUCAGCCAGCGAGCAUCGAUUUCAAGGAAAAUGCCAUCGGGGAGCCCCAAAGUCGCGUGAUUACCGUUUUCAACAGACAUCGCAAUCAGAGCGUCGUUCUGGGCUCCAUUUCGGGCAACGUUCCCGAUUUUUACACUUCGUGGUCAUUCGUGGACAAGGUCAUUCCGCCAGAAGGAAAUGCCACUUUUAACAUCGUCUUUCUGCCACGGAAGCUCGGAAAUGCGCUCGGAUUGCUGAUGAUUCAUACCUCUUUUGGUCUCAUCAAGUACGAAGUGCGGGGCGAUGGCGUGGAAUGUCCUUAUCGCUUGACGCCACUGAUAAAUUUGAAGGCUCCCUUGAACGCGACGAUCUCUCCGGAGAUUUUCAUGUACAAUUAUCACAGCAAACCACUGCAAAUUGUCGAAGUUUACAGCAGCGGCGGCGCUUUUCAGCUAGAAUUGCCAAGCGGGAAGCAAGAAGGGCCCCAAGCGCUGUGGGAAAUACCGCCGUUCAGCAUGAAAAGUGUCAUUCGGGUCAAAUUUAAUGGAAAAACGCCCGGAAAUCACACCGCUUAUGUGAGGAUUAAAAUUUCCGCUGCCAAUGAUCCAUCGCUGGCGAACCGAAUGCUCGUUGUGCCGAUAGAAGUUGAAAUUUUCAGUCAUACGGGAGUUUAUUCCAACACUCCGUUCAUCGAUUUUGGCUUUUUGGCGAACCGAUCGACUGUGGAAAGGCGCAACUUGAGUCUCUUUAGUAGUCGAAAGACGGAAGAAACGAGUGUGGAAGUGAAAUCGUGGCGUGUGGAAAGCGAAGAACCGGAAAUUAUCAAAAGUAUGACGAUUGAAGUGCAAAAAAAUCAAGUCACUGUCGUGCUGGACUGGAGUAAAAUCACGAAAAGUGAGCGAUUUACGGGAGAAAUUGUGCUGAAGACGGGCGAUCGUGCCGGCGACGAGUACCGGAUUCCAUUUACGGGAUGCAUCGUAAAGGGAAGCCUCGUGUAUGACACAAAAACGCUGCAAUUUUUACUUAAUACCGACCUCAAUGGCGACACCGACGACGAAAGAGAGAAUUUUUUACUGCUGGAUUCGUCGCCGCCCCUCGAACGCACGUUUGACGUGACAAACAACUUCAGCACGCCCAUUAACGUGAUAAAUCUGACGACAAGCGAUAGCAGAACGGAUGCCGAUACCGCCGCAAUUGAUCACAUCAAGAUAACGGGAUUUCGUGCAACGACAAUUCUCAAGCCGAACGAAACUUUGAGUCUUUUUCGGAUUUCGCUCGUGAAUAUUCGCACACUUUUGGCAUCAAAUCCGCUUCCCUUGACGUUUUUGUUGCAAUUACACACGAAUAUCAGUGUUUAUGAGAUCCCUCUGCAUAUUUUUAAUGGACGUCUCAAGCGACUUGUGCCCCUCGAAGUCACCCAUUACGACGGAACGAAUGCUGGAGACGAUCAAAAUUUGAAUUUUGGGAUUUUGCCGGUUGCUCAACCGCAUCGCGGAUUAAUUGCGUUUGUCAAUCCGAACCCGGUGCCAGUGCAAAUCACGAAUUUUCGCAUGAAAUCCGCCGAUGGCACUUAUAUGUCGGUGACGUUGCGCGGAUGUGGGCCCCAUCAAAUGGAUAAGCUGCGAUUGUGCAAUAAAGUUGAGGCUGGAGAGUGGAUUGUCUUUGAAAUUGCGGUCAAAUCGCAAACUGUUGGCAAUUAUGUCGGGAAAUUUUUGGUUACAAGUGAAGUUGGGGGAACGUUUAUGGAGGAAAUUGUGACGCCAGUUAAAUUUACAACAGCGAUGGGGAGAUUGGAGCUGGAUAAGGAUUUGCUGCAUUUCACGGAAUGUUAUCCGGGUAAAUUGUGCUCUCUAAACCUCAGCGCAUACUCAACAUUCAUGAAAAAGAUGCAAGUCGAAGCAAUUCAACCAGAAACAGCUGGAAUCUCCUACGUCGCCAGCACCGAAGACUCCGCAUUCCCCGAAAUCCUCCCGAACGUCGUCACCGACAUCGGCCGCCUCUACUUCAACCCCAAGGAACUUUGCAAAAACGACUGUUACACAAGUUUCGAGAUUUUAUCGAACGCGACAGCAGCUCGUUGGAUGUCAACGCUAAACAACUUUAACGAAUACCGCAAACUGGACCUCGAUUGGCUGGCAUACCGUCAAAAUUUGUACCAAAAAGCGAAAAAAAUGCUCAAAACGAUCAGUUUCAAGCUAACAACAAACACCGUGAAGCGUCACGAGUUCAAUGCAAGCGUAAAUCUCAUUUGGCCAAAAUUCCUGCCAACAAAUAUAAAUUUUCCAACACUCCAAAUCGAUCAGGAAGCUGUGAAAUUCAUCACGAUCAUCAAUCCAACGGAUCAUUUGCUGCUCGUGCAUUACGUUUUGCAUGACGUUGCCAAUCACGGCGCCAAAAUUUACACGCCAGCCUUCGUUUCGAAAGAUUGUUCAAAUUGCACACUCACGAACGGCGAAAAUGUCUUUUCCUUCUUGCACGAAGAGACGGAGGUCUUUAUUCAGGACAUUCCGCCGCACAGUUAUGCGAAAAUUGGGAUUCGUUUCAGCUCCAAUGAGCCCGGAACGUACUCGACGGCACUUUAUUUGCGAAAUAACUUGACGGUGGUCGAAAGUGUUUGGAUAACAGCACGUGCCGUUCAACCGCUGUUCAAAUUUAGCAACAGAAAAUCGGGUUCGGCGACACCUUUGAUCUUCGAAGUGACAGAUAAUCAUCUGAAAGCGUGCGAUAAGCCUCAGACGAACUACAAUCCGUUCGUGACGAUCAAAAGAACGUUUACGGCGAAGAAUUUCGGCGAAGUCCCGAUCACAGUUUAUGGCUUGCGGGUCGAAAACAACCCCUGCGAAGGAUUCGGCUUUAAAAUCUUGAAUUGUCAUCCUUUUGAGUUGGCUCCGAAUGCCAGUGAAAAGAUUGAGAUCGAAUUUUCGCCGGAUUUUACGCUUGCUAGACUCACAAGAACACUUUUCCUUCACACGAGCAUGAAUUAUUUGGUGAAUUUCACGUUGCUCGGGACUGUGCCGCCUUAUGCGCUCGAAAAAUGCAACAAAGCGAUCAUCCGCCCGUCAUGGGAGAACAAUUAUCGACGCAUAACUUUCGGAAUUUUGACAUUCGCCUUCUUGCUCGUGAUUUUAUUGUCAUUUUUGGAGUCGGACAAGGUCCUACGAGAUCAUUUGACGAACAUUUCGAAAGAUCGGGGGCCUGUACAAGCUCCCUUGGACCUCCGACAGAUCGCAGCAUCGAUGCAGCAAGAGACCCAAGCCCUAAAUGCCGCAAUUAACGCCUCAGCGACGAAUUCUAAGAAGGAAACGCCCGUCGUGAGUCGUCGUAAGAACGCAAAAUCGGCGAAAAAUGACAAUUCUAACGAAGUAAAUCACAAAAAUGGACGGUAUGCCAACAGUAAUAGCGCGAAAAAGCAAGAAACGAACAAUAAUCGGAAGGAAAAUGUGAAUAAUAAGCGGCAACAACAGAAACAGGAGAAGCAACAACGUUCCAAGGAGAUUGUAGUAGAGGCGGAAGAGACAAGUUCAACUACAACAGAAAGUUCCUUUAAUUCUGACGACUCGGAUAGUCGUUCGACGACCCGAUCGUCGCCCAAGAGUGAUUCACCAUUGACGACAGAUGCCCCGAAUCAAGGUCACAAAGAGAAUGGAGAACGAAAAAAGACGCAAAUUGCCCAAAGUAACGGAAAUGCGAAGAAAAACAACGUGAAAAAGUCGAAAAGUUUACCUUUGCAGUACGAGGAGAGUGAAAAUUUAUCAAAAACGUGCAGUAAGGACGAGCAAAAUGAACAAAUUAACGCCCAUUCAAAGGAAAAUUUGACCCACGAGAACGGAAAGGAGCUUUUAUCAUCGGAAAAUUGCCCCAACGACUCUUCGAACCAAAAGUUGCCUGGAAAGACUCCCGGGCGCGAAAGAAAGUCCGGCGGAUAUCAACAAUCCAUCAAAAACAGCACAAACAUCAAGCAACUUUCCUUCAAAACGCCCGGAUUUGGUUUCGAGACGGCACAAAACUCCGUUCCGAAGAACAAUCACGUCGGUUUUCUGCCACAGGCGAACAUUUGGACCGAAAAUCGGGCGACUUUUAGUGAUGUCGUUGCCCAACAACCCGUUUUACCUGUCACGCAACCAAAGAAAAGUUUGUUCAUGGAUCAAGUACCGCCGCAGAAAACGCGUCGUUCAACAGGAGAUGUUCAAAACACGUCAAAUCUCGGUUUGGGCGGCGGAAAUUUGUUCAACCAGCAACAAAAUGCGAACGUUAAACGUAAUUUGUCGUCGAUGUAUGGGCAACAAACGCAGCAGCAACGUGUUUUGGAUGAGAUUUCGAUGUACGGUAACACGGAUGAUGCCAAAAAUCAACGUCAUUCGGAUGAUUUUGGACCCAUAGGCACGCCAUUGUUGACACGCAACUCUCCGCCGUUCUUGCAGCAAAAUUGGGAACCGAUGGGAAUUCAACAACCAGUCCCCGCGAUGUCAAAUUACUACCAAAGUCAACCGAGAAGUCGUUUUUUGGACACGUUUCAGAGUCGCGAGCAGCAACAAAGCGACGCGAGUCUCUUGGAAGCAAUGUCGCAAUUUCCCGUGUGGAAUGCGGAUCCCAAUUGGACCGAAAUGUUCACGCGACAUCAGCAGCAGCAGCAGCAACAGGAGCAAUUUGACGCGUGGAAUCGCUCGAUGGCAUGGAAUCCGAUGAAUUAUUCGACAAAUUCGACAGUUCGACCGCCGCCUGGCUUAACGUUGAACCGCGAACGACAACAACAACUUCCGGGGUCUCACAUAUCAAAUAUUCGAUCUGAGGAGAAUGUUGGCGUCGCGGCGGCGAAUCAACAGCAACAGCAGCAGCAGCAGCAAAAUCAGGGAGCACAACAAAAUCAAGAGCCAAUGCGUACUUACGAUCCAUUCAAGUCGCUUAGCUACUUAUGGCAAGGCGGCACCGACUUAUGGGGCGCAUCCAGCAGCAACAAUAACAAGAAACAAGAGUAAAAUUAUCGUGAAAUAAUGGAAAAAAUGAAAUAAUAAUCAAAAUCUGUUCUCAUUUCUGAAAAAAAUCAUGAAAAAACGAUCGCUGUAUUGAUCGUUGUUACAAAAAAAAAAAUAUCUUUCUGCUUAACUCCUGUUUAAAAAGCAAUUUGUAAUGAAAUUAAACAAAGA